ACUCCAUCUGUGAAAAGGGAAAAUACGGAUUUGACUGCCAUCGGGACUGCAGGUGUCGUGUCAAUGAACAUUGCACAGUUAGCACUGGUCUCUGUCCCUCUGGAUGUACUACUGGCUAUAGAGGCUUGGAGUGUGCACUGUCGUGCAGAAUUGACACAUAUGGAGAAGGCUGCAACAGCUCUUGCACCGACAAUUGCCUACAACCAAACAGGACAGACACGACCUCCUGCAAUCAUAUUACCGGAAUGUGUCUCUACGGCUGUCGUCAAGUCGGCUUCACCGGAUCCCACUGUACACAAGAAUGUGGCAAGGGCACCUACGGACAAGGCUGUCAGGAAGAGUGCAGUCAAGAGUGCGUGGCAUCCAGAAACCCAUUAGAAUCAUCAUGUGAUCACGUGAACGGAUCCUGUCUGUACGGCUGUCAAAGUGGAUACAUUGGAGUUACCUGUGUUGACAAAUGCCCUACAGGAAAGUUUGGAGUCGGGUGUAAGCAAUCUUGCAGUGACAGAUGCGCCCAUUCAAACAAUCCCAGCACGUCCUCGUGUUAUCACGUUGAUGGAAUAUGCCGCUUUGGGUGUGAGCAUGGAGCCACUGGGGCUUUUUGUUCUGAUGUUAGUUUCGCCCUUUACUCAGAGGACUCAGGACAUCGUGAGCAUAUCUGUGGGUGUCGCCUUGACUUUCUUCAUCCUCUUCUGCCUGUUCACUAA